AUUCACGCAAGAGCUUCACAUUAAGAAAGGAUGCGCCUCCGCACGGCCGAUUUGGCGCUUCCAGGCAUCCACAAGGACCGUCUCCGGUGGCUUCGGGGCGUGGAAUCCGUCGAAGGAGCGCAUGUGCUAUACUGGAUGCAGUCAUCUCUUCGAACAAAGUUCAAUUACGCUCUGGAAGUGGCCGUCGAGGCAGCGACUCGGCUGAAACAACCGCUGCAUGUCCUACACACCAUUGACGCUACGUCGACCAUGUCCGAGCGACACAUGGCGUUCCUCUUGGAGAGUCUCGUGGACGUUCAUACGUCGCUCCAAGCGCGGCAUGUUCGUCUCGACGUCGCCCACAGCCCGUCGCCGGUGGACAUUGCCGUCGCUGCUUCGCGCGGGGCGUCCCUUGUGGUUGUGGACCACCCGUACCUUCGCAACCCGACUAAACUGUACCAGUCGUUUGCAGCCAAAGCCACAACGACCGCCGUGCUGCAAGUCGAAGGUGACGUGGUGGUGCCCGUGGAGCUCGUCAGCGACAAGCAAGAGCACGCCGCCCGCACCAUCCGUCCCAAGAUCACCAAACUGUUGGAUCGAUUCCUCGUCCCCUUGCCUCGAGCCGAUAGUGUCCUUGUCCCUUCGUCCUCCCUGGCAGACCACGUGACGACGACCCCGUCCGCCUGCACGUGGCUCGACAUGUCGUCUCUGACCGUCGACGACCUGCUGGCGGCGACGUCGGCAAACGCGUCCGUCCCCCGCGUCCGGACGUUUCUUGGCGGCGAAACCCACGCCCAAGCGACUCUCCGAUCAUUUUUGAAGUCCAAAUUGGCCAAGUACGGCACGGCGCGCAACGAGCCCAGCGGCGACGGCAGCAGCAACCUGAGUCCGUACUUGCACUAUGGGAACAUCUCGCCGGUGGACAUUGCACUGCAAACAAAGGCGGUGGCGGGGACUGGACCGGCCCUGGCCGCGUCCAAGGCAUCGUUCCUCGAAGAAUUGAUCGUCCGAAGGGAACUGUCGAUGAACUUUGUCUGGUUCAAUGCAAACUACGACUUGUUCGAGGCGGCGCUGCCAAAUUACGCGGUGCAGACUUUGACACAACACGCAGCAGACAAGCGGCCGUACACGUACACCAAGGACCAGCUGGACCAAGCUCAAACGCAUGAUCCGUACUGGAAUGCGGCGCAAUUGGACAUGAUGGUCACGGGCAAGGUAGGAAGCCAGACGAUGGAGUUUUCUCUGUCGGUUGCUUUGAACUGGACGAUCAUGGGGGGUGUUCAUGGGUAGAUGCAAAACUACAUGCGCAUGUACUGGGGCAAGAAGAUCAUUGAAUGGACGGCGACACCGCAAGAUGCAUUUUCAAUUGCCAUUGCCUUGAACGACAAGUACAACCUCGACGGAGAUGACCCUAACUCGAUCACAGGGGUCGCGUGGGUGUUUGGAAAGCACGACCAAGGAUGGAAAGAGCGUCCAGUGUUUGGCAAAGUCAGGUACAUGAACUCGGACGGCCUCGACCGCAAGUUUGACAUGGCGGCGUACGUGGGGAACGUGCGCAAGCUGUGCGCCGCCGCCGGUCGUUCCGCGGCCUUGCCGUACUUGGAGAUGGCGUCCACAAAGAAGACGAAAUCCCCAGCCUUUAGUAAACGCAAACGCGUCUAACAAUGUACUACGUGAAAGAUGGCUUCACAUGCAGACCAGUUUACUCAUG